GACAGAGGGACGAGUGUUUCUUCCAGUUUGUAGUCGCCAUUACAGUUUAACGACGCUUGAUUUCUCGAUAAAAGUAUCGAGUUAAAUGUAAUAAUAUAUUUUAUAAAGUAUUAAUUGGAUUUUGAUUGUCUUUGGGAAAUGAGUGAUAUGGAGAGGAGUGGAAGUCGGAGUGCAAGUCCGAGAAGAGCACGCACAGCAGAGGGCAUCAGGGAUUCGCGUUCACGUUCACGAUCAAGGAAAUCUCGCGAGAGGAAGGAAGCUCACAGGCCAAUGAAGGAGUACUCGAGGUCCCGCAGUCGUUCCCCAUCGCGAGGAAGAAAAAAUUAUCGUGCCAACAAGUAUGGUGGUGGCGGUGGUGGUGGUCAUCGGAGUCGCAGCCGGAGUCGAUCGCCGUACAGAGCAUCACGCUAUUCACGCAGCAGGUCUCGAUCUUACUCACGCUCGCGUUAUUCGCGCGAUGAAGACAGAAAUCUAUAUCGUUCACACUCUCGCAGUCCUAUGUCAUCUAGAAGACGUCACGUUGGAAACCGAGAUAACCCCUGCCCAUCCAGUUGCCUGGGAGUCUUUGGCCUGUCCAUUUGCACCACGGAGGAACAGAUCUACCACAUCUUCUCCAAGUACGGUCCAGUAAAGCGUGUCAUAGUCGUGAUCGAUGCCAAGACACGAAGAUCGAGGGGAUUUAGUUUCGUUUAUUUCGAAUCACCGGAGGAUGCUAAAGUUGCCAAGGAACAGUGCACGGGAAUGGAAAUCGAUGGUAGACGUAUAAGAGUUGAUUUUUCCAUCACUCAAAGGGCGCACACACCAACACCUGGUAUCUACAUGGGAAAACCUACGCAUCUCAAUGAACGUGAAUUUUCCGGUUCCAGACGCAGAGAGAAUAGUAACAGAGGAAGUUAUCGUCGUUCGCCGAGUCCUUAUUAUAGAAAACGCUCUCGUUACGAUAGGUCAAGGACUCCUUCUUAUUCACCACAAAUAAACGCUGUAAAAUUUGAGAGAAGAGAUUACCGAUAAAUUUUUAGUUUUAUAUUAAAUAACAUCGAGAGACUACCGAUAUAUUAUUAACGUUAUUGAACGUUGAGAACUAUUUCGAAAAUUUUGUUUUCUUUUUCCUUUUUUUUUGCAAAAUUGCUAGACUUAGAAUUUAUAGUGAUCUGGUUAUUUUUUUCUUUUUUUUUUAAUCGUAUUAUAUUUUUGUAAACUGUCGGCAUUAAAAUGGGUCAUUAAUGAAAAAAAAAAAACCGUCAAGUGUGUGAAUAAACGAGAGUGCGAUACAGGAGCAUCAAGAUAUACGGUAGUUGCUAAGUACCCAAUAACCUGGAUCAAACAAUCAUAGUCUUUGUUGCUUAAUGAAUUUCAGGUCGGUAUUAAGUGACACGAGUGUGGUACGAGAAGCCAGAUGGGUUGUGGGAGCCAUUUGUGUGACUUGACCCUAUGACCCUUUUUCUUCUAACUAUAUUAUAAGGGUCAAAAACGUUCAAAUAACUACAUUUAAAAUUGUCGCUAUUCUCACCUUACCUACUUUAUGGUGCAUAGUGUACUUUAUGUUUAUUAGCAUGAUAUUUAAUACUUUUUCCAAAAAGAAAAGUAACUUUUUUCAAUUAAUUGACAAAUAGAAAACAAAACAAAAAAUAUGGGAACAAGAAAGAAUUUUUUUCUGGCACUAAAAAUAGGAAGGUUAGAAUGGAUGUUAAAGCCUUAUGUUCAUUCAUAAAAAAUUUUGAAAACUUUGCGAGUUUGAAAAUAAGGCUUGUGAUAUUGUAAACGUAAAAUGAAAACCACGAUGUAAAGGUUGGAAUACAAUUUUGAUUGCUUUUUUUGUCUUCUCUUGCUUCCUAAAAAAUAGUUUUCUGCUUCACUUUUGUAUUCCAGUCAAAUUAAUUUAGUUGGGUACUGAUUCUCUUUUUUGUAAAUGUUUAUUUUCAACAACCCUUUAAAAAGUACCUAAAAAAUUGAUAUUGAUAUAUUAAAAAAAAGCAAAAAAAAAAAACAAAAUCAUAAUAAUAUUAAAUUAUUUAAAGCGAUAAAUAAACAAAUGAAAAUGCAGAAAAUAAAAUGUACGUUCUCUAACAUGUUUGUUUGUUUAUAAGGUUUUGAAUCAAGAGGUAUUGGAUGAUAGAGGGAAGUUUGAAGUUUCACUCUGAAAAGUAUGAAAAUUUUGCAAAGAAAAAAUCGAAGACAAGAUUUCUCUCUCAAGAUGUUUCUCAUUCAAGAAACGAAGGUUUUUCGCGCUUGUGACAAAGAAUAUGAUCCAAUCCCAUUCAUUUUGCGGCUGAAAAUAUAUUGUCUCAAGCAUUUGAAGAACUACGAGUGCAAUAAUAAUGCAAAAAAACUUCAAGAAAAUAUAAGAAAAUAUCGUUGGGCAACGAGCCCCUAAGCCGGACAAGUCAGUGGUUUGGGGGUGAAACAGAUCGAACAUUUAUAUGAAAAUUUUCAAGAAAAAAACGUCGGAAUUGAAUUAUUUUUUUUUAAAUUAAGUUCAUGUUUUUUUUCUGCUUCUUCUUUCAAUAAACAGGGGUGAGUUUUAAUAGUGCUCGCAAAUUUAUAAUGAUCAUAUUCUUUCUCCGAUAAUUUUAUAUACCUAUCACCGGUGAAUAGCUUUCUGCUAAAAAAAAAUAAGAAAAUAAAAAUGUUCCAUAGUUUCUUAUCCUCACCUCAUCCCUCCACCAUCCUACCUCCAUAUUUCGAUUAUAGUGGCGUAAUUGAAACAUCUUAAUUAUUAUUGAAUUUAUCUGUUUUUACUAAAUCUUCAAUAAAAUCUUAUUUGGUUAUAGCAAA